UGAUGAUAAACAUGAUAUAAUAGCGAAGAGAAUAUGUGCAUCCCUUCAUACUUUGCAUACGAAUACAUGCACACGUAUAUAUAUUCCUCACCCCGUUAAAAAAAGUUUAUAAUGUUACGAUCUGCAGUGGAUCUGUUGGGCAAACAGUGGAGUCGUGUUCUCACUAAAAACAACAGUAAGUACACACGCACACUCACAAGUACGCACACUCUAACACGUGCAUGCAAAUCGUAUGCAUCUACCACGACCUCUUCACAAGCGGACUCUGUUACAACUGCUAGUAGUAGUAAAGAAGCACCCGCUUUAGAUAUACACUUAGGUCAACCUGCAUCAUGGACACACGCACACCUGGUAAACACUAAUGAACUCACUCCGAUGGUGACAUUCGACGAGUACAAACACCGCAGAAGGGCUCUCAUGGACAGUCUUCCGGCUAAUUCGUGUGUGAUCUUACCGGGACAUGCAACGAGUCUAAUGAGUGCCGAUAUACCUUACCCAUUUAGGCAGAAUAAUGACAUGGCGUAUGUGAGUGGAUUCGAGGAGCCUGACAGUGUGUGUAUCAUACGGACAAAGGGCAACGCAUUCAGUUCCGCCGACGAUGAGGAAAGCCUGAAGAUGGCGUUGGUGGUGCCACCUAAAGACGCACACUCGGAGAAGUGGAACGGUGCACGUACAGGCACAUCGUUUGCCAAGGCACACUUUGGGGCAGAUGAUGCUUACACACCGCCUCAGCUCGUGAACGCCUUAGACGACUACCUUAAGGAUGUUGAGCACAUAUUUUACGAACAUAGAACCCCUGUGCAUACGCUAUUCAACAAAACCAUACAGACGUAUCUGGCUGAACAUAAGCAUAGAAUACCUUUGGUGUCGCCAACGAAGAUCGUCCAGCAGCUGAGAUUGUAUAAGAGCGAGAGUGAGUAUCGGAUAAUGAAAAGGUGUGGCGACAUAUCGUCUCGGGCCUUCGUACAGACAAUGAAAGCGACGAAACCGGGCGUUUCGGAACACAUACUUGACGCGGUCAUGGACUUUGAGUGUCGAAAAGAAGGUUGCAAACGGCUGGCAUAUCCUCCAGUGGUCGCAGGGGGAAACCGGGCAAACACUCUGCACUACGUUAAUAACAACAAUAUAGUCGAAGACGGCGACCUAGUCCUCAUCGAUGCCGGCGGUGAGCUGUACAAUUACGCAGCGGACAUCACACGCACGUAUCCGGCCAACGGCAAAUUUAGUCCGGCGCAGAAGAAAGUGUACAAUGCUGUGUUGAGGACAUUGGAAGACCUCACCUCGUUGUGCAGACCAUCCCAGAAGUUAUCCCUGAAUGUAUUGCACGAACAGUCGAGGCGGUUGCUGUUUGAUGAGUUGGUGCAACUGGGUAUCAUCACCGGCGGGCAGUCGCAAAGCAAUCUGAAGCUUCUAAAUCGAUGGUAUCCGCAUCACAUCGGACACUACGUGGGGAUGGACGUGCAUGAUUUGGGUUUGAUUUCGAGAUCUGAAACCCUUAAAGAGGGUAUGGUAAUCUGUCUAGAACCUGGUCUGUACUUCGCAAAGGAUGACAUAGAUGUGCCCGAAGAGUUCCGAGGGAUCGGUAUCAGGAUAGAGGAUGAUCUAAUAAUUACCAGUGAUGGAUACGAGGUGCUGUCCAGUGGCUGUCCAAAGAGUGUCGACCAGAUUGAAGCCUUGAUGUCGGCAUAAUGCAGUUGAAAUCAAGUAUUAAGCAUGUUUAUAAAGUAUCGACUGACUAUAAAAUGCCG